AUGUCCGACAAAGGCGACGUCCAGCACGUCAACGCUCAGCCGGUCGCAUCGCGAGGCUUUCUCGGAGCUGUCGGCGCCCACUUCAAGAAGUGGUGGUGGUUGCACUUGAUCAUCUUUGCGGCCGUUGUGCUAAUUAUCACGCUGCCUCUGAUAUACGUCGGCUACCCACGCAUCGCGCAAUCCGACGUCAACAAAGCAACCCUCAACAUCACAAACCUCGUCUUCAGCAACCCCUCCGCAAAUUCUAUUCAUAUCAACCAGACCCAAGUCCUCGGCAACAAAGCCAUCUACCACCCAACCAUCUUCGCCUUCAAUGCCACCAUCAUGCUUGUCGGCGCAACCGCCCCCUUGGCCACACUCGCCGUCCCACGGACGGAGGCCGAGGACGGCGCUGUUAUUGACGUGAACACGGAUUUGACGUUCGCCAACUCCGAUGCAGUAACGAAUUUCACAAAGGCGGUUUUGGGUACCGAAUCGUUCGAGUUGAAUGUUUAUGGACGGCCGGAUCUCAAGGAGGGGCCUUUGCCGACGAGCACGGUUACCUUCAACAAGACUGUAGCUAUGAACGGGUUGAACGGCCUCAAAGGCUUCGAAUUGCAAGACAUCAUGAUCUCGCUCAUCCCCGCCAAAGACGGCACAAACAUGAACGGAUCAGUCUCCAUCCCCAACCCUAGCGUCAUCACCGUCGCAAUGGGUAACGUAACACUCAACGUCUCAGUAAACGGCACUUAUAUCGGCCAAUCCUACCUCAACAACCUCACCCUCCAACCGGGCUCCAACAUCAUCCCCUUGCGCUCAACAAUCAACCAAACCGAAGUGAUUGCCCUCAUCUCAGGCACAAAGGCUGCUUACCCAAGUGGCGUAAUCCCAUUGACCAUUGUGGGCAAUUCAAGCGUGUACAAUGGCGUCCAAAUUCCGUAUUUCACGGAGGCGUUGUCGUCGACUCCGCUCACGACGGAUAUGAAUGUCACGCAGGUGUUGAUCAAUUCUGGCUUGGGGGCGUUGGCUGGUGUUCUUUGA